UAUUUUUUACGAAUUGAUUUUGUAGAGUUUUUAUACCAGUGGAUAGACUAGAUGGGAAAAACUAAACUUUGUGUAUUUAAAAUAUCACAGCAUAAGCAGGAUAAAUGAUUAAUAAUGGCUGUUCCUGGUAAAAAGGCAUCUCAAAAAUUCUCAUUUACACUAUCUCAAGGUGGUGCUGAAGAUUUUGACAUUUAUUGUGAAAUAUGUGACAGAGCUGAUAUCAGGCUUCCUACCUUUGGUUACUGUGUAGAUUGUGAGGAACACUUAUGCCAAUCUUGCUUCAACACUCACAAACUACCAAAACCACUACGCCAUCACCAACUUUUAGAUAAAGAUCACAUGCCACAACAACAAAAACUCCAUGGAUCAUCAAAAUCUACUUCCAAUCCACAGACUGGUAAUCUUACAAAGCCUUGUACUAAACACAGCAAGGAAGUGAUUAAAUUCUACUGUCAUGACCAUAAUGCUCUUAUAUGUAGUGUUUGUGUAACCCUUGAACACACACCAACAUCCUGUCAUGUUGAUUACAUACCCAAUAUAUCAGGACAGAUUAUAGGCAGCAUCGAGUUAAAACAAACUCUGAAAGAUAUUAAUGAAUUGAGAAACAAAUGCUCCCAGAUUACAAGUGGCCUGAAACAAAGAGUUGCUACAUCAACAACUUCUCUUAAAGAUGCUAUUGCAGAAAUUGACAAUUACAGAGAAGAGAUAAACAAGAGAUUAAAUGAACUAGAAAAUGCGGUUAAGUAUACUGCUACAACAAUCCAACAAGACAACAACAACAAGUUGAAAACAACAGAAACAACAUGUAAUGCUAUCAACAAAUCAUUUCAAGCAUCAGUUGAUACUCUGAAACAUCUCAAUUCAAACAAAAAAACUGACCAACUGUUUACUGAACUUAAGAUAGCUCAGCAACUGAUUCAAGAUAAUAGCAAUUUAAUAUCACAACUACAAACACUCAAUGACAUUGAUGAUUACAUCUUUAUACCAAAUAAAUGUAUCAAGAAAGUCCUUCAGGAUGAGAAUUCAUUAGGAACAUUGAGCAGUAAGAAGCUAAAGCAACCAGCUGAACCAAACAAUCAAGAUGCAGUAGCAAUGAAAUUGUCUACCCCUAGAAGCAUUUAUGCUAAAACAUCCUCAGAUGAAAAGAUUUGCUCGAUUUCUGGUAUAGCUGUUUCUCCUCAAAAUCAAUUAUUUGCAGCAGAUUCUGAAUCUAUUAAAAUGAUAAACAUCAAUAGUGGAGCUAUCAAACAUGUACACCUGAAAUCAGGACCCUGGGAUAUCACCAUGGUCACCAAAGAUUCACUUGCUGUUACAUUACCAGACAUUGAAACAAUACAGUUCAUUUCAUUCUCCCCAGACUCACUCUCACUGAAGAACAAACUGAAGGUAGAUGGACAGUGUUAUGGUAUCAGUCAUCAUCAGGGAAAACUUGCAGUAACAUUUAAAAAUCCUGCUAAACUACAAAUCAUGGAUUUGAAAGGUAAUGCUAAAAUUACAGUUGAUAAAGAUUCCAAUGGUGGCGAUAUAUUCAGUUAUCCUUGGUAUGUCACAACAAACAGUCAUUCAAUAUAUGUAUCUGACUAUGACAAACGUGUAGUUCUACGAUUCAACUGGCAGGGAGAGAUGAUAGGAUCAGUAGGAAUGAGAGGACCAAGUGGUAUAACACUGUUAGAUGAUGGGUCUUUUUUAGUGAAUAGUUACAAAAGUGAUUGUAUACAUAGAGUAAGUGGUGACUGUAAAGACAGUAAAACUAUACUGGAGGAUGUAGAAUAUCCUCAAGCUGCAUGUUGGUGUGCUGAAAAUAGUGCACUUUGUGUUAGUAGAAACAACUUUUACAGUGUUGACAGUGAUGACAAUUAUAUCAAAGUGUAUAAAAUGGUGUAAAUGCCAUGACAAGAUAUGGUACAACACUAACAAUGGGACAAGUAUACCAGAUCAUCAUUCAUUCAACUUAUUCAUCUUAUUAUAGAAAUUAUUGUAACAUUAUGAUUUCACAUAUAACUUAAGUUUUGUAGAUCUAUGGAUGUACAGAUGUUUUAUUUUUUACAAAAUAAAUAAGAUGUUUUAUUAAUAUAUCUGUUGUGAAAUUGUGGAAACAUAAAAGCAGAAUACAGUAAUGCAUAAUACAUAAUGCUUGACAAUAAAGUGCUCAAAAAACAUAACACUUAAAAUGUAGAUAUAAUAUAUCAAUUCUGCAACUUUGGAGACAAAACGAUUUUUAUUUUUCAUUUUUCAUCAUUUAACAGAAAAUGUAAAAGGUGAUGAUAUCCUUGAUUGAUCAAUUUUUAGAAUUUUAUGUGAUAUAAAAGAUAAUUUUAUUUUUAUUGGCAUAUUGAUACACAGCAGUGAAAUAAAAAAGCUGUUAUAUUAAUAUUGUGCAUGUGUAUACAAAGAAAAAUGUAGCAAAUGCACACAAAAAAAAAGAAAAAAGGAAAGAAAAAAAGGGAGAGAAAAUCAAAAUGGGAUUGCAGUAAGAGUUCUAUUUUUUUUUACCAAUCACCAUGUUUCAUUAUAAAAAUCAAUUCCUUGAAUAAUUUUGCUACAUAGAAGAAAAUUGGUGAUAAGAAAAAAUGGGACAGUAUGAUAUAAGAGCUAUGUUGUUUUUUCAUCUUUUUGUCUUGUAAAUCUCAUAAUCUAUAUAUAUCAUACUAUUACAUGUGACACUUUGUACAUUUUAUGCCAUACAAUGCUAAAUUUAACUAUUUUAAAGCAUAUUUCUAAAUGGAAUUUAAGUAUUAUGACUUUAAUCUUUUCAUUUGUUUCAUAACAUACAUGUAUAUAACUUUAAUCUAUAAGAUCCCAUACUGUAUAACAGUACAAUUUUCAAAGGAAAAUUUGAUUGAAUUUACUAUUUUCAUCACCAGAUCUCAUCCCAUUACUAAUAGCGUUUCGGCAAGAUUUUGAUUGAUAAUAUCAGGUAAUCAUCUGUGUGGAGUUUAAGUACCUUAUAAUAGCUGUAAUAAUUUUAUCUCUUAGUUUGACUACAAUUUUGCUGUUUAAAACACUUUCUAAUUUUUAAUAACAUACAUGUAUAUAGCAUGAAUCUGUAAGAUCCCGUAUUGUUUUGAUUAAAACCUUAAUAGCCUGUUUGUGAUGAUAUCCAUGCUACCAGUGCAGACCAAUAUCAGCUAGUCAGUUGUGCUAACUGUGUCAUCUGAUCAUGGUCUGCACUGUUUGCUAUUCAGUCA